CGGCCUGUCAGGGAGUGUGUCACUGCCUCACUGGUCCGUCUGUUUGUGAUCCGGUGGACGGCGCAUGCUCGGAUUCCUACUGUGACUAUGGCUGGACCCAGGCACCCACAUGCCAGAAAGCAUGUAACAACACGUUCGGUCCCCCAAUGUGUGUACAUAUGCCACUGUCCCAAGACAGACACCUGUGACCCUGUGAACGGGCUUUGUUCCUCUGGAUCUUGUAACGCUGAGUGGUAUGGCGCUGGCUGCCAGAUAAGAUUACCAAAGUUGAUUGCACCCCCUGCCUUGAUGAAUGUGUCAUGCGCAGAGGUCACCGUCCAGUGGAACACUUGGAUAAAAGAUUAUGACAAUGGAGAGGGUCCCAUACACUCCUACAGCAUUUACCAAAGGGUUGACCGUCGGCCUCCUUGGCAACUGAUUCGUUCACUUCCGGUCAUAUCUACAACUGAUGAAGAGGUCUAUAGUGUCGUCAUUACAGUCGUCGAACCGGAGAAGCCAAUACAAUUCCGGAUUGACUGUAAUAUGUUGGAUAACGGGAAACGAGUGACUGGUCCACCUGGCGUGCCUUCAGAUCCCGUAGUCGCCACAUGUCUUACUACUACACCUCCACCAACAACAACGCGAGCUCCAACCACAACAACGAACCCUCCUACAAUACCGAGUCCGACCAUUCCACCAGAAACAACUACAACGCGUUCGCAAGGUUCGAAUAUUUUCGAGACCGUACGUAUCGGUGAGAUUGGCCCGGACUUCGUUCUGUUAAACUGGACAGUGUUGUCGAACGUUUCCAACCAGUCAGUUGAUAUGGCGAUUUCAUACCACCUCUUUGCGAUUGGUGACUGCAACACAAGCGUCUCCAGUGUCGACAUAACUGAGAAAGUUGACCAAUCAGCUACAGCCUACCUUCUGGACAAUCUCGAGCCCUGGCGACGCUACAUGGUAACGUUGACAGCCAUUAGUGAAUUCAACAUAACUGACCCCGUAACCCUGUCAGUUUCAACUGGUGAAACAGCUCCCACUGGUGUAAUAAAUGCCUCGGACAUUCGGCUACAGUCGGCAAAUUCCGGAAGUUUAUCCAUUACCUGGAACAACUUAGAGUGUAUCGAACGUGGAGGGAUACUAAUGGCUUUCGAGGUGCAGCUCCAUCCAGUGGGAAACGACUCGUUGUCUUGGGUGGUCUUGGCGGAUACGACAGCGUUAACCCUGACCGGUUUACAACCAUAUACUGAAUACUCUGUAAGAAUCCGCUAUGUCAACAAGAUUGGGGCCGGCAAGUAUGGGACGGAAGUGGUGUUCAGGACUGCGCAGGAUGUUCCAGCAUCCCCAGUCAUCAAUUCCACGCUAUCAGCGAAGGACUCCAUUAAAAUCACCUGGUUUGAGCCUGUGCCAUCAAACGGUGUGAUUACAAAAUAUGGAAUAUCUUACACUACCGCUAGCGGAUUUGAAUCGGAGGUGACCUUGCCGAGUCUUGAGAAGCAGGCAACAAUGACAGAACUGAGGGCGUUCACGGAAUACGCUAUCAGAGUUAGAGCCGCUACAAAAGCGGGAUGGGGAAACUACAGUGAGAGCGUAACAGUCCGUUCCUUGCAGGCUGCGCCCGGUCCUCCUACGAACUUGAGUCAACAAGGACGCAACGAGACAUGUAUUCAGUUUGACUGGACGGAACCCGCAGAGAAAAACGGAAUUCUAUCCAAUUACCAGAUUUCUUACAAGCAGAUUUUCACUCACCAUGCUCGCGGUCUGAAUUCCACAACGGCACGUGUUUCAGUGAGCGCAGCUGUCCGAUCGACGGUCGUAUGUGGUUUACAAGAGGCUACCUAUUACACGUUCGAGGUUAGAGCAAGUACAGCGGCUGGAUUUGGUGCCGCGUCUGACGCAUUGGCUAUCUGGACACUCCAAGGUGUUCCAGAGGCUCCACCACGACCAAAGGUCAUGAGCGUCAAUUCAACAACCAUCACACUUGAACUUGACCCUGCCGAGGUCACCCGGGGUCCAGUUUCCGCAUACCGCGUUGUUGUUGACGAACUUGAGGGUAAAAGUCGGCGGCGGCGAGCUGAACAAGACGGACUGGAUUUGCCUGGAUAUGUGGCAGCAGAAUUUGGCUCCAAAGCCAUCACGACAAAUACUUUGUUUGUGGUUGGGGACAAUGGAAACUACGGUGGCUACAAAAACCCGGGUUUGCAGUCUGGUAAGAUGUACGACAUAGCGUAUGUGGUAAUAAGUGAACUGGAAGGUCUGAAUCGUUCCGCCUUUUCACGUGUGUCGGAAGCAGUAAAAACCGGCCCACCUGUUGUCGUUAAGCCAGUAGUAGAGGACAACACGGGUCGUGUCGUCGGUAUUGUUUUGGGAAUAUUCCUAUUACUAAUAUUUUUGGUCCUCCUUCUUUUCUUCUUGUACCGAUAUAUUCAAAACAAGAACAGCAAAUACUAUCCUUCAACCGCAUACAACAAAGAUACAGACAAGGUUAAUCUUUUCUUGAAUGAAGACGAUGACUUGUUGAAGUACUGGAGCAAAACGCAGUCGUUUACUCAGCGACGACACGUUGUGGCUGGGCUUCAGUACGUGCACAGGAAUCGGGGUGUCUUCCCACACGAUCACCUCAUGACGCAAACGUCUGCAGGCAAAGCAAGCAGCAAACCUUUCAUUUCUUUGCAUAAAGAGUUUUACAGUCUUCCUCAUAAAAAGCGACCUUGUACCGCGGCGAACAAGCGUCGAAACCAACACCGAAACAGGUUUGAUCAUCUCUUGGCAUUCGACCAUAGCCGCGUUGUGUUAAAGCCAGACGAGCAUUCUGACAACGACUACAUCAAUGCCAAUUACAUCGGUGGUUACAAGCGCAGGGACGCGUACAUUGCAGCCAUGAGCCCGUUUAACGAUGAAACCGUAUUAGAUUUUUACAGGAUGAUCUAUCAGCUCAAAUUACCUACUGUGGUGAUGAUCACGAAAGUUGAAGAAGAACAGUUUAUCAAAUGCACACAGUACUGGCCCGAUGUACAAGCCGUUGUAACCUUUGAAAACUUUAUUCUUCAAAUGGAGGAGGUUCAGCAGUUCCCAGACUACGUGGUGAGGGUCAUCAGUCUGAAGGGGCGCGAGGAGAAGAAUAUACACACGGUGACAGUGUUUGACUAUACAUCCUGGCCGGAGCACGGCGUGCCCAACGACACCAUUCCGAUUCUAGAGCUACGGGACAAGGUCAGGGCAGUAACCCCUCCAGACAGCCCCAUUCUCGUCCACUGUGGGACAGGUGUUGGACGGACCGGCUGUUUCAUCGCUCUGGACGCAUUGCUCGAGCAGUACAAGUCGGAAAACGACGUAAACGUCUUCCACUUUGUGAAAACCAUGCGAGACAGUAGAGUGUCCAUGGUGCGAACGAUUCGUCAGUAUGCCUUCAUCUACAACGCUCUCUUUGAAGCCGUUGUGAUCGGAGACAUUAGCGUGGGCGCGGAUUUGAAGGAGAAAUACAAGGACAUGAUCAAAAAGAAUCAUAAAACUGGACAUACAUAUUUGAAGGAUCAGUUUUUAUCCUUGCAAGAGUUCACUCCGAAAUUAAAGAAAGAAAUGUGUAGUACGGCUUUGCUUCCCGCUAACAUAAACAAGAACCGUUAUCCGGAUUUAGUUCCACCCAAUGAUUGUCGCGCCAUCAUAAACACACUGGGCGGCCCUGAGAGAACCGAUUAUAUUAACGCAGUCUUCCUGGACAGUCAUACGAGGAAAAACCACUUCAUCCUCACACAAACACCUUUACCUUCCACAGUGCUAGAUUUCUGGAAGCUGAUAUACGACUACAAAGUCACUACAAUCGUAAUGAUGGAGGAACGGAAGACGGAUCAAGGACAUGCGCAGUAUUGGCCGGAUGACGACCAUCCGAAUAUAGAGACCAGUCCUUACGUUGUUGAAAACACUGAAUCCCGAGCGGAAGGGGAUGACGGUCAGAUUAUUAUUUCUACACUGAGGGUGCACAAUUUACAGAUCCCCCGAGCCCAACCGAGAGAGGUACGACUCUUUCAGCUCCACUCAUGGACGGGUCCCGCGUUUGUGCCAUCCUCCAAAACAGUCCUGCUGGACCUUAUAGACCUCGUGGACGACUGGCAAAGGUAUUCCUCGGGAGACACGUCACCAGUCCUUGUUCACUGCAGCGACGGUGCUACCCAAUCAGGCCUCUUCUGUGCUGUGUCAGUCAUAUGCAGCAAAAUGCUCCAUGAAGGAAGAGUUGAUGUGUACCACACGAUAAAGCACCUGAAGCGCAGACGACCUCAAAUAGUGGACCAAUUGGAGCAGUACAGAUUUUGUUACAAGACGUUAUGGGACUUCAUAAGUCUUCGGCUCACAGAAAAAUCCUUCUCACAGGGAUCGGAAACAAUUGGCGACAAGCUGUAUGCCGCACCCAGUCUCAACCUAUCGCUCUACAGCUCGAUCUAUGACGUCGACGAUGAUGACGCAACAUUCCAGGAGCCACGUUAUCACUUUACCAAUGGUCAUCCAACCACCCUCCAAGAACUGUAUCGCGAAGGGUAUAUCUAAUUAUCUUGUUCCAGGUCGAAAUUUUCAAAGAUUUUUCCACAUUUCAACUGGUAUAAACGGUCUUAAGUGCGAAAUGCAUUGUAUAACAGUGUCAUUUAAACAAUUUGCAGAAGGUAAUGUUUCGAGCAGAUUCUCUUCGUCAAUUUUUUUGUCUUUUUAAGCAUUACUUUUAAAUGCUUGACUAGACUUUUAUGUUUGCGUUUUAAUUCAGUAAAAUGGAAAAAUGUUAUGUUCUUUAUUCUGUUGAAAACAUUUUAUCUGCCAGGUUGGGAGUAUGUCCCUAAAACCUUUUAUCGCUAAAAACUUUUAGAAAGAGGUUUCUGUAAAUUUAGGUAGGUACGAAAUAUUAACAAGACAUACUAUGACAUAGAUGUACAUUGUUUCCCAGUGUCUAAGGGCUAAGUUUUUUGCAAUGUUUUAUGUCAUAAAUUCGUGGGAUUUGCUAAGGUACUAGAAUGUUUUGUUCCUGUGAUAGAGGAUUUAUGUACCUACUCUGCACCAUGUAGUAAUGGUGUAAUGUAAUAAUAUCUAAAAUGUUUUAAAUAAACCCCAAGAUACAGUGAGUUAGUCAUGCAUAUUUGAUAUUUCAUUUUGCAUUUUAUGAAAAGCGGAUUUCUGUACGUUUGUGGUAUAACGCCAACUGUAAGUCUUGAUAGCUCACGCAUCUAAGCAUAUCUUGUGCUGGACACGAUAGGCAUUCAAACCAUGACGUCGCGUGUUCGAAUCCAGCUGCUGCUAAAGUGAUUAAGACUAAGUAUAAGAUGGCCUGCCAGAUACCUGGCUGUAUGAACCUGGCUGCCGUCUUUCAAAUGAAAUAUCCUCGAACAUGGCAUAAAGUAAACGGCUGUGAAACAGUAAUUCAGAAUAUUUUAUAAACAAUUAAAUGAAAAUGCUUUAUUGAAUUAGUGCUGUUGCUAACGUUACAUAAGUAUUAAUCUAAGUUUUUAUGUGUAUAUGAAUAAUGCCUUGUAUUUAAUAUCUAAGGAGUUAGACUGCAAUAUUUGAUUUUUGUAUUUUGCUUGUCACUUUAUUUUCUUAAACUCAGUGUAUAUUGUGUCAUGCUAAAUGAUAUACAGGUUAAAUGCUACACGUGAUUUCCUAAUAAUGUAAAGUAAAAAAUUCUGGCUGUCGCAUGUUGAUUAUUUACAGUAAAUGGCUUGAGAAACUGACACCCUGGCUCCGCAGAAUAACCAACGUUUUAGGAAUUCAGAAUGGUCAAGAUGCAAAUUUUGCUUCUUUUUUUUUUUUGCUCGUAGCUUUUUAGAUCAUAUUUGUCCAGCCAGUAUAAGGGGGUUUUUGAGUUGGAACCUUUUUAUUGCAAAAGAAAAAAUGAAGUCCUACUUUAUCAUUUGACCUGCUCGAUGUAAGGCAACUAUUUUGAUUACGUUUAUCAUAAUAUGGGCGUUUGAGAGUAUUAAGAGUGUACAAAUGAUGGGGAAAAAUAUUAAUGAGUUGCACUGUCGUGAAUUUUAGAGAUUCUUAAAGGAAAGAGGCGUCAUUUGUGCCUCUCGAACACCGUGGGACAUAUUAUCGGUAUGUUAAUGUCAACAGAGCUUACCUAACAUUUCUCACAAAUUGCGUUAUACAACAUCGUGCUGUUACCUUUAACAAGAAAAGAGUUCGAACCUGAAACUCCUCUCUUAUCAAAAAGAUGUGACGUGAAACAAUCUGUGAUCAGUUGUUUCCACUGACUUGGUGAUAGGUGAAGUAGUUUUUUUACAGUGCCGAAAGCGUACAUAUUCAAACAAGCAUAUUCAUGAAGAGUUAAUGAAGUUGAUAACAGUUGAUAAAAGAGGACAGUAUAGGAUCGACUAUGCAUCACACACUUCGCUGUAAUAUUUACGUGGCUACCCGUUUCUUGCCCGCAACAGGUGGCCCUUUCUUUGUCUUGGAUGUGAAUGGCUUUAAGUCAACGAACAAUUGUUCAUUUAUUUAUUUGUUUGUUUGUGUUACGCCGUACUCAAGAAUGUUUCACUUAUAUGGUGGGAGGAAACCGGGCAGAGCCCAGGGAAAGCCCACGACCAUCCGCAGGUUGCCGAAAGACCUUCCCACGUACGGCCGGAGAGGAAGCCAGAGAAGCCUGGACUUGAAGUCACAACGACCACAUCUGUGAAAGACUCCUGGUUCAUUGUGCUGCGCUUGCAUGCUAAUCAACUCGGCCACUGAGGCCCUACUUACAGUUGUAAUUACUGGUAGAUUUUAAACCUUGAAUUCACCAUCUUUUUACUUUACUUAGAGUUUUUCUUGUAUGAAUUUGUCCUGUAGGUGCAAUCUGAAUCAACUCGGCUGGAUAUAGGAAUAUUCCUACAUCUAGCUGAAUUUAUUCAGAUUUCUGUAAGCGUAAUCAGACACUUUCCUUAAGGUCUGGUAUUAUCUCUUGAUUUGUUUCUACCUGUUUAAUUACUACAAAGUUUUUGUUGUAUGGCAGCCUGUCAGAUUUUUUAGGGUUUGGACAUUUUUGCUCAAUUUAACGAAAAACAUCGAUUUUUCGUCCAAAACUCUUCUCAUAUGUACAAGUUGGCCACCAUUAAAUGACGUCUGGAUUUCCAGGAAAAUCUUAAGUUUUUAGUACUUCGAUAAAAGAUAACCGUUUUCUAACACUUCCUAAAACACAUUUCUAACACUGUCCAACAAGCUUAUUUUAACACUUCCUUUCAUCAGUACUAAACAUACGUAACAUCUAACACUGGGAAUUUUGAAACUGUAAGCACGUGACAUUAAUAUUGUCAUGACGUCAUACAGUUAAUAUAAGGGAGCAAUCGGUGAUAUAGUUGACAGGAAAAAGACAGAGGUAUGAACUGAAAAUACAAAUGUUCACCUCGACAGCCAUUUUGGCGUGCACUUGAUGUUAAUUUGCGAAAUAACUGUGAACACAAAAUAAAUCAGCUCUAAAAUAUGCACUGUCAAACGUAAACGUAUCAAGUAGUAGUUUUAUGGAAAAGAAAUCGUUUGUGUGAAACUCCACGAAAAAUUACUAAACGGAGACAAUCUGGACACUGUUAGCUUUGACGAGGGUCUUCAUACCAGAAACCAGUCGUGGACUAAAUUGAUUUAAACUGUUACAAGGACACGUGUAAAAGACACUCAUUGCCAUGGCGGUAAAAGUUGACUUCACCUUACGAUUAAUUUGUUGAACAUGGCCUGAGAAGCAGUAGGCACCAAACGUCCCGAAUAACCAAAUAGAUCCAAACUGCUCACCAAUUAGUUCUAUACUGUAUAUCUAAUUAUAAGCACCUAUUACAAGCAUUGUUUUGUACCCACUUUAAAAGUACGAUUCAGCCUACAAUCUUGCCAGUUAUAAACAUUUGAACAUGUAUUAGACUCUGAUAAAUAUUUCAAAAAUAUUAUGGUUUACAAAUAUUAUCGUCAAUUUCCAACACUGUACGUGAUGCAGAAAUUUUUUGAAGAUCUGACCGCAUUAUGCAUUCUGCCAAUGCACUGAAACACCAAAAUAACGGCAAUCUGAAGACUUUUAUCUUCGACAAGAAUCUUUAUACCAGAAAGUAUGCGUAGGCUAAUAUUUUGUAUGUUUUCUGUUUAAAAGUCGAUAAACUAUUGUUUAAUUUAUUUAAAAUUAAUAUGUACUUAUACAAAUAAACUGCAAGACUUGUGUUUCGGAUUAGGUGUGUGUAUAAUUACUUGGUAAUUACGAAUUUUUCUCAUCAUCAUCAUCAGUUAUACUUUGAGUACCGAUUGCGAAAUACGAAAAUACGGAUUUACGGACCAUUAUUAGAAUUACAGAAUUUGAAGUAGGCAUUAAAAAUUGAAAUUUGUUUUGUUUUCAUUAGUAUUGCAUAAUGUCGAACUAGUAAUGAGUAAUUUAAGAUAAUUUAGAUCGGUUAUCAAUAAUGUGUUACUAUAAUUCUAUAAAAUGUUAUUUUUAUUGGUGAUUUGUUAGCAUUUAAUGGACAUGAGUUUGCAUGUAUGAGUCAGCGGCAGUUAUAUUAGUUGAUUAUUUGAUUAUACUGAUAUACUGCAGCAUGCACAUCGUGGGAUGUUCAAAACCACAUUACCAAAAAAUGCAAAUAUUGUGCCACUAGACUUUAGAUAUAUAUACCUAGAAAGGUGUAUUUUUUCGUCCACGAUUAUAAUAGAUAUUUAA